UUCACGUGACCUAUGAAUUCCAAGAUGGCGGCGCCCAUCCUGAGAGGCGUGAGAGGUCAGGGCUGGGGCUUGUGCAGCGUUGGAUACCGCCUGAUGGGCCAGGUGUUCCGGAGAGAGAUCAGUUUCAAAUUAGAUGAGAAAACAGCCCACAGCAGCUUGGAUUUGUUCAAAAAGGACACUGGUGUCCUCUAUCGCAUGUUGGGGAUUGACCCCACCAGAGUUCCUCAAAACCCUGAACGCUUCAGAGACUGGGCUGUAGUUUUGGGUGACACCACCAUCUCCAGGGGCUGCCAUUACUGGGAAGUGACUGUGAAACGAUCACAACAGUUCCGCAUUGGGGUGGCAGAUGUGGACAUCUCCCGGGAAGUCUGCAUUGGAAUGGAUGACCUCUCCUGGGUCUUUACCUAUGGUAAUCGCUGCUGGAAUGCCAUGUUUGCUAAUGAAACCACUCCAAUCACUAACAUUGGCCAACCAGAAAGAGUGGGCCUAUUCUUGGACUAUGAUCACAAAAGAUUCAGCUUGGUAGAUAUACAACAACAUACAUUCAUCCACAAUAUGUCUCCGGAGUUCCAAGGUCCAGUGGUGCCUGCCUUUGCCCUCUGGGAUGGUGAACUGCUAACCCACUCAGGCCUGGAUGUACCAGAGAAGCUCAACCAAAGUUGAAAUCUACAUAAGAGUGGUGAUACCUGAGAUUGGUUUUUUUUUUUACUUAGAAGAGCAAGUCCCCCCCCCCCCAAAUGCUAUUGCCGUAUUAGAAUCCAGAGGUUUUCAUUGCCCAACCCGCUCUCCCUUUAGGAAAUACUGUAUUUCUUCCUAGCAGAUUGAAAUACCAUUUCACUUUGCAACAGUGUAAGAUUUGACUCAGCAAUGGACCAACACUCUUAGACCCGUUUCCUUGCCUUUUGUGAGUGAAAUUUGCCAUCCUUUACCUGUGGCACACUUAUCUUGCACUGGUGCUUUGGUUUUGUCAGGAAAAGAUUUAUUUAUGUUUGCUUGAAAAAACAAGCUGUUUUUAGGCAGUUAUUAUCUAUAUGAUGAGCUGCACCAUUUGGUACCUUACCUCCUGCCUUUUAAUUAUGUACCAAUUUCCCAAAAGAAGCAUUUGCUCAAGUUUUCAUAUAUCUGAAAGAUACUUCCUUUUUGAUAAGAACAAUGAUCUUUAACACAAAGGAACUAUUGCCUCCUACUGGUGUGAUGGGAGGACAAAUUAGCUUGGAUCUAAGCGGAUGGCAUCUCAUGACCAGUGGAAAUCCAACUCUCCUGAAUUCAUAAACAUUGCUGUGCACAAAUCAAUGUUAUAGGGAUUAUUUUAUUAAUACAAGCCUAAGAUCAUCCUGUCCUAGAUUGGUUGAAGGAACAAGAGUCAACCCAAUAUACAUCUGUUGAUACAUAUGUUUAACCAUGGAAAAGGAUUGAUAAAGAAUUUGACACAAUUGAUUACAAUCACCAUAGUUAAAAUUAGCUGAGGUCAACAAAUAUUUAAGCAGUGUUUUCUUUUUAUGGGUGCUGGAUGUAGCAAGAGCAGUCUUGUAUGCUGUGUUGAUAAUACUGUAAUCAGUAAAAAUAAAUGCAUUUAAAACAAAA